CACCGGUUCCCUUUGCUGCAGGAGCAGCCGGUGCAUGGGCAGUGCACGGGCACCGGCAGGAGCACGCUGCGCACCCCGCCAGGGCCGCCCCGCGCCGGCGGGACCGCACUCACCCCGCGCGCGGAACGCCCCUCCGGAGCGGAGGAUGAGCCGGGAGCCCCGGCGCGGAGCGCGGCACGCCGCCACCGAGCCCGGCCCGCCGCGGCGCUGAGGAUCACCAGCCGCGCCGAGGAGCCGCGUCGGCGUCCCGCCGUGCCCCCCGUGGGCAGCGCGCGGGUGGGUGGGUGCCCCCGGCAUGGACGGCCGUGACUUCGCGCCCCCGCCGCGGCUGCUGUCGGAGCGGGGCAGCCUGGGCCACCGGCACGGCGCGGGGCGCGUGGCGGGUUCGGCGCACGGUGCCGUGCAGCCCCCCGGACACUUCCAGCCCACCAAGUACUUCCCCGCGCCCAUCUCCAUGGCCACGCACACAGCCGGCAGCGGCCUGAUGGGGAACGCGCCCACCUCCUCCUUCAUGGGGGGCUUCCUGAGCAGCAGCCUGGGCUCGGGGGCGCCCAGCCACCCCACCGGCCCCACCGCCUCGCCCCCAGAGCCGGCUUUCCGCGGGCCCCACUCCGGCACCUCCCAGAUCUGGUUCUCGCACUCCCACGAAGCCCCAGGGUACCCCCGCUUCUCCGGGAGCCUGGCCUCCACCUUCCUGCCCAUGAGCCACCUGGACCACCACGGCAACAGCAACGUCCUCUACGGCCAGCACCGCUUCUACGAGAGCCAGAAAGAUAACUUCUACCUGCGCAACCUGCCUGCCCAACCCGCCCUGCUCCCCACCGGCCACGGCUUCCCCGGCAUCGCCCGCGCCGCCCCCGGGCCCCCCGCCGGUUCCUGCAGCCGGGAGCGGGAGGCCGGACCCCUGCCCAAGACCCCCAAGGACUACGACCGCUUCCUGGUGGGCAAGGAGAAGGUGGGCAAGGGGGACCCCAAGGAGCGGCCGCCCGAAGAGGACCCCAAGGAGCGGCACAAAGCGGUGCUGCCGGUGCCGCCGGAGGGGCACUGCAAGGAGGGGCUGCCGCCCCGCGGAACCGGCGAUGGCCGUCCCAAGCACCUCGCCUCCUGCCUGCUGGGGGCCAAGGGGCUGGAGGGCGACGCCGGCCGCGCCGUGCUGCCCAGCUGUGCCGGCAGCGCCCUGCCCCGUGCCGGCCGUUGCAGCGCCAAGGAGCCGUGCCGGGGCGAGCGGGAGCCGGGCGUCCCCGAGGCGCCCCAGCCUUACGGCGAGUGCGUGGAGCGACGGCAGAUGCUGCACCACGCCGUUUCCUACGCGGUGCCCGCCGGGCCGGCCCCGCUCGGCCCCGCCGCCGGCUCCUUCCCCUGCCUGCAGCUGCACACUGGCCCCGAGGUGCUGUGCCCGCUGCCGGAGCCGGCCGGCCGGGAGCUGAAGCUGAGCGGGGCCACGCUGGUGCCCUCGGUGGGACACCUGACGGACAAGAGCCGCUCCUUCCAGGUGGCGGCGGAGGCCGGCGGGCUGGAGCGUGCCGAGGGCAAGGAGCGGCACGCCGAGGCGGGGGCCGAGCCCCCGCCCGCUUAUGGCGGCCCCUUCCACCACCCUCUGAAGGCGGAGGGCCCAGCGGAGCGGCGGCUGGAAUGGGGGGGUCCCAGCACCCGGCUGAAGGGGCUGGAGUACCUGGGCGGGGGGGCGGCUGAGGGGCCCCCCUAUGCCGGCCGGGGCCCCGCACCCAAGGUUGCUCUGGAGAAGGGUUACUUCGAGGUGCCGCCGGCACCCGACUGCUCUCGUGCCGCCCGCCCCGACCCGCUGGGCGUCCGGGUCGGCCCCUCCUGCUGCACUUUAGAGAAGGGCCCCCCCAAGGACCCCCACCCCGGGCCAGCUCCCCAGAAGGUGGCACGCAUCCGGCACCAGCAGCACCCCGAGGCGGAGGUGGCCGGCGCCGGCCCCGAGGGCAAGCGUAAGCCCCUGGAGCUGAGCGCCCUGGGCUACGGCGGGCCCCCCCUGCCCCCCUGGGGUGUGCAGGGCCAGGGGCCCCCCCUGGCCGUGGCGGAGGAGCGGAAGGGGCCCUACCUGGACCCCUUCGGCACGAGUCUGCAGCAGGCUGCGUUGAUGACUCAGGGCCCAGUGCUGGGCCAGGAGGUGCCGGCUGCCCCGGACGAGGUCUCGGCCAUGAAGAACCUGCUGAAAUACAGCAACCAGGCGCUGCUGGGGGGGCAGAAGGGCCCCCCCUUCGUCGGGCUCGGGGGUGUCAAGGGCAGCUGCGCCCACCAGGACGCCAAGUUCCCCGCGGGGAAGGGGCAGCCGGAGCUGGAGCGGCCGGACUGUGCCCGCGGCCGGGAUCACGACGGGCUGGCCCCCGGCGAGGGCGAGGUGCGGCAGCCGCCCGUUGGCAUCGCCGUGGCCGUGGCGCGGCAGAAGGACACGCUCGGGCGCCCCGAGCCCGCUUAUGGUGGCGGCGGUGGCUCCGGGAGGCAGGGCCGGGCGGUCACCGGCAUUAAAGCGGGCACCGCGCGGCCCAUGCACCUCAUCGACCUGGAGGCAGAGGAGGAGCGGGGCCGGCUCUGUGAGGAGCGCCUGGGGCUGCCGGGGCGAGAGCUCCUUCUCCAGGACAACAAGGACCUGGUGGAGUUUGCUCGGAUGCACCCGUCGGGGGGGUGUCCCGGGGAGCUGACCCCCCACCUGAUGAUCGCUGGGGGCUCCUCGUUGCCGGCGGGGCAGCUCGGGGGGGACCCUGCCGCCCAUGCCCACCCGGCACACACGCACUGGCUGCCCCGCACCCGCAGCCCCUCCAUCUGGAUGGGGGGACACUCCUAUGGCAUCGGCCACCCCGCGCUGCACCAGAACCUGCCGCCCGCCUUCCCCGCCUCCAUGCCCAGCACCAUGCAGCCCGUCUUCCCCCUCUCCCAGGACCCCCCCGCCCAGCUCGUCAUCCUGCCCACCGAGCCCCCCGCCCACGGCACCCCCCACACGCUGGCCGACGUGAUGGACCAGGCGUCGCUGUGGCCCCCCAUGUACCCGGGCCGGGGCCCCGGCGCCCACCUGCAGCACACGGGGCAGCUGCCCGUGUACUCGCGCUCCCAGUUCCUGCGGCAGCAGGAGCUCUAUGCUCUGCAGCAGCAGCAGCGGGCGGCCCAGGCCCUCGAGAUCCAGCGCCAGGCUCACGUCCAGCGGAAGCCGGAGGAGCAGCCCCUGGAGCUGGAGGACGGGGGUCCCGAGAAGCCCCUCAAACCCUCCCACAAAGCAGUUGCCUUAAACCCCCCGGCCAAGGGCCUGUCCUCAGCGGCCCCCGGGCCCCCCAAGCUGUCCCCUUGCUGCCACUCUCCGGCCCUGCGGCACCCGGCCAAGUGCCCUGUGACCCUCCCUGCGGCCCCCUGCACUUUACCCGUCUGCCCCGCCGCCAGCUCCGCCGUGGCCCCCCGCUCCCCGGCCGACAGCCCCCUGCCCGUCCAGAGCAAGGGCAGCGACGGCGAGGACAAGCGCGGAGAGGGGCAGCCGCCCCGCGACUACCCCAAGUCUCUGGAGCCAGACCUGCCCCCCGGCUACAGCUACCCUGCCGCCGGCAUGGGCUUCUCCGAGGCGCACUCCGCCGAGCCGGCCGACCCCGACACUAUGCACGCCGGCUCCCCGCCGGAUGAGCCCGAGCAGUCCCGGACCUUCAGCCCCGCUGGGGAGGUGCUGCGGGAGCCGGGCCCCCCACGGGAGCCACCGGCCGGGGGGGCGAUGGCCGAGGGUCCCGGGGUGCUGUUACACCGCCACCACCUCCUCCUCGCCCCGGGGCCCCUCUGCGGGGAGCGGGGGCCGGCCCCGGCCGUGGGGGCCACCGAGGAGCGCGUGCCGGCGGCCUUUGGGGUGUGCCGGGAGGUGGCUCAGGGAGCGCCGGAGCAGAGCCCGCCGGAGCAGCAGCGCCCGGUGCCCGUGGUGGGGGCCUCCCCGCUGCCCCCCACCGUGGAGGAGGAGGAGGAGGAGGGUGACAGCGAUGGCUCGGAGCCGGAGGACAGCUGCGACGAGGAGGAUGGUGACAGCCCCGAUGGGCGACAGGGCUGCCUGGGCGGGCUGGAGGCGCUCAUCGCUGCCGGCAUCGACUUGGGGGAGCUGCCGGCGCUGGGUUCACCUGGGGAGCCCCCUCCGGCCCCCGCCUCGCCCGCCCCCCGCGCCUCAGGGAUCCCUGGCAUCGCCCUGCUCAGCGAGCUCGCCGACCUGGAGCUGCGCCGACGCCGCUGCGACCUGGCCCUGGAAGGGGAGGACGAGGACCUGCUGGCCUUCAACCUGCAGAACCUGGCCACGGUGGCGGCCGCCUGGUCGCUGGUGGAGGCGGCCAGCCGAGAGGGCAGCCCCCCCGCGCUCAGCCCCCUGCCCACCUCCCCGCCACCCCGCGCCCGCAUCCCCCGCCGCAAGUACACCUGGACGCCCAAAACCAAGGCCGUUUGCCCGCUGAAGGCGGCCAUCGAGCAGCUCAACACGCAGGAGGUGGAGGUGCGGAUGCGGCUGGCCGAGCUCCAGCGCCGCUACAAGGAGAAGCAGCGGGAGCUGGUGAAGCUGCAGAGGCGGCAUGACCAGGAGCGUGACGAGAGCUCCCGGAGCCCGGCGCGGCGCGGCCCGGGGCGGCCGAGGAAGCGCAAGCACUCCAGCACGCUGGGCAGGGCCGAGAGCCGCAAGGUCAAGGCGGUGAAGACCAGCCUGUCGCUGCUGUGUGCCGAGCUGCGGGGGGACCCCGAGCCCAAGAAGAAGAGGAGCAAGCUGGCCGAGGCAGCGUUCGGCAGCCUCAAGGGCUCCCCGGAGAAGGUGCGGUGCAAGAAGAGCGGCUCGCAGGGCAAGCUGGCCUGCAAGGUGGCUCACAAGGUGUCGCAGCUGAAACAGAAGGUGAAGAGCAAAGGGCUGCCCGCCGGCAUCAGCCCCUUCCGCCGGAAAGACCCCAACCCUGGCAGUCGCAUCCAGAAGAAGCUGUCCCGUCCCAAGAGCUCCAAGGCCACCAAGUACCAGCCGCAGGACCCCGACCCCCGGCAGCCAGCGGGCUUCAAAGACGAACACGACGGGGACACCGACAGUGAGGACGGUGACGAUGAUCCGGGCUUGUCCCUGCUGCCCUCGCUGCCCGUGGCCGUGCUCGGACCCUCCCCGUCCUCCGUGGUCAAGAUGGAGGCCAACGAAAAGGCGAAGAAGAAGAAGGAAAGGCAGGGACUGCUAGGGCCCUGCCGCCUCGGCAGCCCCGAGGGCGAGGUGAAGAUCAAGCGGCGGCCGGUGAAGCCGGGGACUGGCAAACUGGAGAAGGUGCCGGCACGGCGGAAGGCGGGUGGCUGCGAGGAGGGCAGCAAGAAGAAGCUGAAGGCCAAGCCCAAGGAGAGCCUCCGGCUGCCGGCCCCCAGCGGCCCCAGCACCCCGGCCCCUGCCGGCAGCCUCUUCGCCGGCACCGACCCCCGGCACUUUGGGCCGAGGGACGAGGGGGCUCGCCUGGCCAGCGAGAGGCUGAAGAAGGCCACGCGCAAGAGCAAGGUGCUGCAGUCAGCCCUGAGGCGGAAGAACGGGGCGCUCUCGCUGGCCCUCUCCCCCCGGAGCGCCAAGACCAUCCUGAGCAAGGGCAAGAAGCUGGCCAAGGUGAAGAGCAAAGUGGCCACCAAGCAGUGCAAGGGCCGAGCGGUCAGCAAGCUGCUGGAGAGCUUCACCGUGGAGGAUGAUUUCGACUUUGACGACAACAGCAGCUUCUCGGAGGAGGAGGAGGAGGGCAGCUGCCUGGCGGGGGCGGCGCGGGGGGGACGCCGCUCCCCCCUGCCCCACGCCUGCGCCAUCCAGAAGGAGGAUCUGCAGGACGGGCUGCACAUCCUCAUCCCCAAGGAGGACAGCCUGCUCUACGCCGGCAGCGUCCGCACCAUCCAGCCCCCCGACAUCUACAGCAUCAUCAUUGAGGGCGAGCGGGGGAACCGGCAGCGCAUCUACUCGCAGGAGCAGCUGCUGCAGGAGGCGGUCCUCGACAUCCGGCCCCAGUCGCGACGCAGCCUCCCGCCGGGCACCCGCGUCUGCGCCUACUGGAGCCAGAAAUCCCGGUGCCUCUACCCGGGGAACGUGGUGCGAGGUUCCUCCAGCGACGAGGAGGAGGACGACCCCGAGGCGGUGAUGGUGGAGUUUGAUGACGGGGACACGGGGCACAUCGCCGUCUCCAACAUCCGCCUGCUGCCCCCUGACUUCAAGAUCCAGUGCACCGAGCCGUCCCCCGCGCUGCUGGUCUCCAGCUCCUGCCGGCGGACGAAGCGGUCGUGCAGUGACGUGCCCCCCGCCAGCGAGCUGCCCCCCAGCCUCUGCCCGGACCGCCAUGACGGCCUCGAGCCCCCCAAGAACUCGGGCAAGAAAGCGGCUGGCAAGGAGAAAAGCGGCAAAGCUGCGGAGGUGCUGUCGGGCGGCAAGGCGCCGGUGCUGAGCGACCCCUUCCUGGGGCGGCGCGGCGGGCCGCUGCUGAGCUGGUCGGCGGUGGCGCAGACGAAGCGGAAGGCGGCGAGCAAGGGCACGGCCGUGCUGCAGAACCUCUUCCAGGUCAACGGCAGCGCCAAGAAGCUGCGGGCCAAAGAGGCCAUCUUCCCCGUGCACCACCACCACCACCUCACCGCCCCCGUCUUCGGCAACGGCUUCGGGGCCGACUCCUUCAGCCGCAUCGCCAGCUCCUACGCCUCCUUCGGGGCUGGGGCCGGGCUGGUGCUGCCGGCUGCCCAGAAACUCCUGCGCUCCAAGAAGGCCGAGCGGCUGGAGGCAGAAAUGGGCAAAAGCAGCCGGAGAAAGGCAGGCAGUGAGUACCUGGUCAAGCUGGACCACGAAGGGGUGACGUCCCCCAAGAACAAGAACUGCAAGGCCCUGCUGCUGGCUGAGAAGGACUUUGGGGCCAAGCUGGAGCGGCCCCUGGCCAGCCACGGCUAUGCCCACGCGGCCCUGGCAGGCAAGGAUAGGAAGGGGCGGGCGCCCGUGCACCAGCUGCCCGUGGGGCUGGCGCUGCGGAAAUACUCGGGCCAGGCCGAGUUCACCCUGAACUGCGACAGCGACUGCCACAGCUCCUACUCGGACAUGGACGAGGACGAGGAGGCGGGCGGGCUGGGUGCCGACGUGCCCUCGCGCUUUAUGACGCGCCUCUCGGUUUCCUCCUCUUCCUCGGGCUCUUCCACCUCCUCCAGCUCCGGCUCCGUCUCCACCUCCAGCCUCUGCUCCUCCGACAACGAGGAUUCCUCCUACAGCUCCGAGGACGAGGACUCCACGCUGCUGCUCCAGACCUGCCUCUCCCACCCGGUGCCGGCGUUGCUGGCGCAGCCGGAGGCCCUGCGCUCCAAGAGCGGCGCGCCGCAGCGCUGCUUCCUCACCAAGGCCGCCGCCGCCGGCCCCAAGGCCAAGCUCAAGCGCAAGGAGGCCCUCAGCUUCUCCAAAGCCAAAGAGUUCUCCCGGAGGCAGCGCCUGCCCUCGGUGGAAAACCGGCCAAAGAUCUCUGCCUUCCUGCCCGCGCGCCAGCUCUGGAGGUGGUCGGGGAACCCCACGCAGCGGCGGGGCAUGAAGGGCAAGGCGCGGAAGCUGUUCUACAAGGCCAUCGUGCGGGGCAAGGAGACGCUGCGCAUCGGGGACUGCGCCGUCUUCCUCUCGGCCGGGCGGCCCAACCUGCCCUACAUCGGGCGCAUCGAGAGCAUGUGGGAGUCCUGGGGCAGCAACAUGGUGGUCAAGGUCAAGUGGUUCUACCACCCCGAGGAGACCAAGCUGGGCAAGCGGCAGAGCGACGGCAAGAACGCCCUGUACCAGUCGUGCCACGAGGACGAGAACGACGUGCAGACCAUCUCCCACAAGUGCCAGGUGGUGGGACGGGAGCACUACGAGCAGAUGACCCGCAGCAAGAAGUACCAGGACCGGCAGGACCUCUACUACCUGGCGGGCACCUACGACCCCACCACGGGCCGGCUGGUGACCGCCGACGGGGUGCCCAUCCUCUGCUGACCCCCCCGGGCGCAGGGAGGGGGACGGGGCCGGGCAGCCCCCCCUGCCCUGGGCACCCCCUCUGCCGUGGGGCUCCUUCCCGGCGAUUAUGCAAAGCCCGGGGGGUGGAGGGGGGGAAGCCGGGGGGGGGGGCAUCGUCGUUGUCGCGGGGGGCGCGGGGGGGCUCCCCUACAAGCCAUACUUUCCCUAGUACCUCUGACUGUUUGCCAGCAGGUAAAGCAGAAAUCAGGUGUGUUGUUCUAUUUAUUUUGCGUGUAAAUAUUGUAUUUCUUCCGGGAAGUUUUAUGGAAAACAGACAAACCAACUAAAAAAAAAAACAAAACCACCCAACAAAACCCAACAAAAAAAAAAAAGGAAAAAAAAAAAAUUAAGAAUAAUAAUAAUAUGGGACGGGGGGGUGGGGGGGCGCGUUUCCGUUUCAGUGCACUGUUUCCCCCAGCCUGGCUGGGACGAGGACAGCGGGGGAGCUCUGUAUAUAGGGGGGACGCGGCGGCAGGGCGGGGGGCUCGGCCCCCGGCACGGCUCGGGCACGGAGGCGGGCGGGGGGGGCUGGCGGGGCGGCUCUCCCGGCCCCCCCCCCCCCUCCGGGGUCCCGCUGCCACCACCGCCCGGCCCCAGUGCAAUAGCGGGGUGGCCGCGGUGCCGGCGGACGCUGGCCCGUCCCGCCGAGCCCUGCCCGCCGCUGCCCGCCGCUGCCCUGCGCUGUAAAUGUGUACAGGCCGCGCGGCGGCGGGGGCUUUUCCAGUGUAAACACUAAAAAACACGAGACAAAAAAAAAAAUCAAUAAAAAAAAAGGAAAAAAAGGAAAAAAGGAUUAAAAACACAAAGGUUUUAUGAACAGCAAACUCUAUGUAAAGGCCUUUUAGUAUGGAACUUUUUUAUUGAUAACUUGGCUUAUGAAUAAAUAUAUGAAC